ACAAUCACAUGACCUGCAGGAAGUAAGCUCGGCCUACUCUGUUCGGCAGUAGGACUUAAAUCAAUUCUUUAUCCCAGGACAUCGUAUUCUAUCCGAUCUAAAAGUACUAGGGAUGUAGGACGAAGUUAUAGCCUCACCAGAACCUCUUCUGGGUCUGUGAAUUCCCAAAAUGAAUGUGCGAGAGCGAGCGAAGAAUUAUGAAGCGUUUAUGUCAAGUAGCUCAUCUACAGGCCAAGGGCAAGUCCUGGAAAGAGGGUCUAGUCGAGAAGGCCUCUUUGAAAGUCAAGGUGUGAAGCCAAAAGAGUCCACUGAUAGAAAGGCAUCACUUGAAAAGCCUAAACCUGUGCCACUGCCUCGGUCAAAGCCGAAGCGUGAAGUCCCAAGACGCCCUGAACCUCCUGCCUCCAUUAGAGCAAACAGUGCCCAAGAAAAUAUAUCUCCAGAACAAGGGAAAAGAGGCUCUGGCUCGCCUAAAGAAAGCGAAAGUUUAACAGGCAAACACAGUCCUCCACCUAGACCAGUGCCAUCCAAGCGUCAUGUUCUUUCUUCAGUUGCUGUCACACCAAAGCCGUAUGAAACACCCAAAGCUUCAUCCCUCAAGAGAACAAGAUCAAAAGAUGAAGGAAUUUCCCGAAAAUCUUCUUUAGAUAGUGAUGGGUGCCGAUCUCCCCCAACUUCACCAAAAACAGCUUGUCUCACCAGGGGUCCCUCCGAGGAUAAUCGCUCUUCUCCUCCAAGAAGACCUCCUCCUGCUGCACCACAUCGGACUUCUUCUUUGAGCAGAAAGAUUAAACCUCCAGUUCCACCGAAACCUAAGGUGAUGCCUGAUAGAGCGGCUUCCCUGAGCAGACAAUCAGCUAGUCUUUCUAGGGUAAGUUCUUUAGAAAGAAGUUAUGCAGUGGUAUCACCAUCAUUCAAAGAAGCCUCUUCGCACAAGGAAAUUAGUGUAGAAAAUGGUGACUGUACCAGUGUCGAUACAAGCAUGCAUGCAGAGGAAACAUUUACUAAGAAAAGUGGUGAUAUGUUUGCGGCUACACGAGUAAUGUCUAAUGAACAGGCAAGGGAUGAUAAAUAUGUAUAUAGAACAGAUGAAAAUAAUGAAUUAUAUGAUAAUGAACUACCUGAUAGUAAAAUGGGAAAUGAGGAACAUGUUGAUGCUCCGACUGUUUACGAAACUAGGCAAGAAGAGUCAAUUGCUGCACAAGCAGUUGUUGAUGAAUCGCCAGUUGCUAAUGGUACCCACGAAAGCGCAUUGACAGUGUCCCAGGAUGAUGUCAAAAAAGGUGUUCUUCCGAGCCUCGAUUCAGAUGACGUAAAGGACCAUAAAAGCGAAAAUCGACUUACAAGCUUAGAAAACAAAGAUUUGUCUGAAAGCGAGAAAGUGUGCUUAAAAUGGGAGCUAAGUAGCUUGUCAGAGGAAAUAGAUGUGACUCAUUUAUCAGGAGCUACUGUAAAUGACGAUGGACUUGACGGUGAUGGACUUGUAGAACAUAAUGAACUUUUGCCACUGUCUGUCGACCAUGUUGAUGAAUCGCUUGACACAGAAGAACAGAACCCAGAAUCUGCCCCAGAUCAUUACGUGGAUAUGUCAACUCAGCUAGCAAAAGGUGACGAGGACGAUGAUAGCGAAAUUACCGAUUCUGGACUAGAAAUUCUUCCAGCCAUAGUCGAAAGUGAACCUGAAGAUGUCAUUGAAACGCAUGCGACCUCUUCUAUGAACCAAAGAUACGAAAAUGUUAUUAUUCAAAAUGACUUUAAAGAAGAGAGUGAGAAAAAGGUGCAAGAUUUGGCUGCUGAUGAUGAUGAGAUUGUUGCUGAGGCACCACACGCCAAAGAGUCGGCUCCUCCAGUACUGGCUCAAGAUGACGACGAGGUGCUUAACGAAGACGGUUUUGUUGAUGCUAGAGACGACCCGACAGAAACUACAUGCAAUUCUCCACCAAGACCUGUUUCGCCAUCACCAGUCAAUUUCUCUUGCAUUGUUGAAGAUACGUCUGAAAUUGAAAGCCAUAAUUCUGAAAUGAUUAUAAAAGAAUCUCUUCCUGACGAGUGCGCAGAAACGAAAGCCCCUUCUGCAAGUGCCGUUGUCCGAGAGAGUGAUUACGAAAACAUGAAUUUGUAUGCUGAAGAUAGUGAUCAGCCGUCGUCCAUGGAUAUUCUCAACGAGGAAAUGUCUGACCAUAAAAAUAUGUCUGAUUUAGGAGCGUAUGAAGAGGUCGUGGUUAAGCGUGAAGAGAUAGAGAAAGAUAUGAAUGCUAAAGAUAAGCCAAUUUCACCAACUCCUGUGGCACCUAUAAGAUCCAAACGUGGACAGAAACAACGUGUAAGAGAAUAUGAAAAUGUUGAAGUCAAGUUGCGAGAUGAGAAGCCUUUAGAGCCUUCUCAUGAAUCAACAAGGUACGAGAAUGUUGUUAUUACGACAAGAACUGGGGAUGGACAGGAACAGAAGGGUCUUCCGCCACCUAGACCUUUACCACCAUCGCCUGUUGCAAGACGUCACACUCAUGGAGAUGAGUCACCCACAAGUAGCCUUGUCCCUGAAGUUAUGACCAAAGACGAUCAUCCCGCAGUACAUGAAGUUUCUACGCAUCACCCUGAACCUAUUGAAGCAGUGACAGACGCAAAAGAAACACAGCAAACUUCAUCGGGAGCUGAAGAAAGUGUCGAGGAGGUAGUAACAGAGUGUUCUUCCUUUCCCACGGCGAGUCCAGCACCUUCUCAGCAAGCUCCUUCGUUUAACGCAAGUCAUGCCAAAGGAGUUGAUAUCAGUCUAAAUGCAGAGGAGCAAAAUUAUGUUGUCCCUGGUGAAUUAAAAGCUGAGCGGCAAUGUCACGAUCAGUCUUUGAAUUCUGAAGAACAAACAACUUCGACAACAGGAAACGAGGAAGAUCUUUAUGUGGUUCCACGUACAUUACACACGGAAGAUAAGCAACAGAAGAAGCACGUACCUCCGCCAAGACCGCCACCGGUUAACAAAGAAAGGGCAGAAUCUGUAGCUUCUUGUAGUGAAGACCAGGUGUAUAGUGUCCCAAGUCUAACACCCCGUCCGCGGUCUUCAUCAGAUACUUACGAACCGGUAGAACCCAAAGCUUAUUCUCCAAAACCUCACCAACCUCCUCCACGUCCUGCCCCCUUUAAACGUUCGUAUACGGUCUCUGCUUCUCCCAGUACCGACACAAGUACAGACGAGGUUUACAGUGUUCCUAGCUCUCUACCAGCAGGAGAUAUCGAAUCCCUAGAUCGCACGAGGUCUUCGUCAGAAUCUAAGAAGGAAAAGCCUGCUCCUGCACAUGUACACAUGUCACCUAAUCCUCCUGAUUAUGAAGAGGUCUGCCCAAGAUCUCUUCCUGAAACGACAUACCAAACACCUACCUCGCCUAAACCGCGAAAAGCACCCCCGCGUCCCGCACCUUGUACCAAAAAGUUAACGAUAGAGCCGAGCCAUUCUGGAUCUGACGAGCUCGAAGACAUAUAUCGAGUCCCAAGUCCCAUUCCCAAACUCAUCUCAGAGAAUACCUCCCUCCAGGAUGUUGCAGUAGCUGAAUCAUUUGACGAUAUUGUUCCCAAAACAGGUUCUUGCAAUGCAAGUGCAGGAGAAUCUACAGUCGUGAUUGAUGAGCAGGUUUACGUAGUUCCAAAUGCGAUUCGCACGGAAACUGAUCCAAAAAGUACUCCCGAUGACGAAUCAUCAGGGCAAAGGGAAACCAAGUAUGAGGAGACUUGUCUUGAUGAUGUCUCCAGAUCACAGUCGCCGAGUAUGCAAUCCCUCGUCACGGAUGAAGACUUGAAGCUGCUCCAAGGUGCUUCUGCAGUAUCUAACCUGACUAGUGAUGGAGUACAGAAGGUAGAUGAAGUACCAUCAUCAAGUGUUGAAGAGAAUAUCUACGUUUCUCCAAGAUCUUCACCUGUAAGCGAGCAAGGUUCUAAGUAUAUAGACUUUUGUCACAAGACUAACGGUGACGAUUCAGGUAAAAAGAAAUGUGUUACAAGUGAAGAAAAUCUUAACGCUGUCCCGCGAUCAAAGUCCCCGUCAACCGUUGAAUCAGAAGAGCCGACUCAAUCAACUUCACUACCUUUUUCAGAUAAUGUAUUGCCUGAAGGUGAAGAAACAUACUCUGUACCACUUUCGCCAGCACUGUCACUGGAAAACGAACAUAUAUCUGCUUUGGACGACGAAGAACUCCCCGCUCCAAAACGUUCUUCUGUUGUUUUAACAUCACGACCAGGUUCGCGUAAAGACUCCGCCCCUCCAAAGCCUCCGAGAUCGAGAGGAACUAGUGUUAGUAUUGACGAAAAGCUGGAAGCUGAAAAUCCAUUAUCAGAGAAUAAGCUGAGGGAGGAAAAGCCAGCAACGCCAGAAGCGCCUCCACGGAGGUUAACUGUAAACAAAGAAGACGAAGAAAAGACAAAAUCUACCGAGGCAGUGUCACCUAAACCCAAGCGUCCCGCACCACCCAGACCGACAGUGCCUAGUCAGGGCCGAAGUGAAGGCGACAAGAUCCAGGCUGAAGGUGAUAAGGAUGCUGUGAAGCCCUCCCGUCCGGCCCCUCCUGCUCCGAGACGACCGCCUCCCCCUGCUGUAAAACAGGACGGUGAAAAGGAGGUAUUGCCUGUUCUUCUAAAAGGCGAUAGCACAGAUUCCGAGUCAGACGACGAAGACCUUCCCGUGUCUGCUCCAAAGCCCACAGGCCCCCCUAAGAAAAAGACCUACCACAUCACGCAUGAGAUCCUGUCAACUGAGAGAACUUUUGUUGAAUCGCUAAGGCUUGCAUAUGAGGAUUGUUACGGAUCUGUCAAGGCCGCUGAAGUUGUACCUGAAUCGACUCUAAACGAGAUUUUUAAGGACUUGGGGAAUAUUUACCACCUGGACGUAAAAUUUCUUCAAGAACUAGAGGAGAGGAUGAAAACAUGGGAGGACCACGAGCGGAUCGGAGACAUCGUCAAGAAGUAUGGACAUUUUCUCAAGAUGUACACAACUUACAUCAAUAAUUAUGACAAAGCCGCAAAUGUUCUGCAAGAAACCAUGAAGGAGAAUCCGCAGUUUGCCGAAUUGGUCCUUGAAUUCCAGGCAAGCAAAAAGUGCAAAGGUCUCAUGCUCAACUCGUUUAUGCUGAAACCAGUUCAGAGAAUCCCAAGCUAUCGACUACUACUUAUUGAUUACCUCAAACACCUGCCACCUGAAUCGGCUGAGUACCAAGAUAUCAAAGUCGCGCUUGAUAUCGUCUCUGAAGUUGCGACGCAUAUCAACGAGUCCAUGAAACGAGUGGACAAUUUCGAGCAGGUCUUGAGAAUUCAGGGAAGUCUGGUUGGUCACGAGGAGAUCGUCAGGCCUGGUCGGGAAUUUAUCAAACAGGGAAAUCUCUUGAAGCUCUGCCGCAAAGACAUGCAAGAGCGCACAUUUUUCCUGUUGACAGACGUUCUGCUGUACACAGCUCCUGUUGGCGGUAAUCAGUACAAACUGCGGGAAACCCUGCCCUUAUUAGGCAUGAAGGUGAUUCUGCCUGAAAGUCAAGAAUUUGUGAACGAGUUCAGUAUCAUCAGCACUACACGCUCUUUUACUCUGUCUGCCAGCACAUCCGCUGAACGAGAUGAGUGGUUGGAGGAACUUGAACGUGCAAUCAAUGCAAUGACGAAGAAGAAAAUUUCGUUCUUCAAGUCAAAAGAGGGUAUAACAGUAACACAGCAAGAUUCAGAAGAUACCAAAUUAGGUGAAAAGGCACCAGUAUGGAUCCCAGAUGCCCGUGUAACAAUGUGCAUGCUAUGCACCGAUGAUUUCACUGUUACAAAUAGGCGUCAUCAUUGCAGGGGCUGUGGAAAGGUUGUAUGUGGAUCCUGUUCAGAUAACCUUGCACCCCUCACAUAUCUAGACUACGCACAAGCUAGGGUGUGUGACAUGUGUUAUGAGGUUCUUCUAAGAGAACAAAACAAGGAGGCACGAUCUGAAAUAAAAGAAGUUGAACCACGCCCUCAGCUACCUGGGGAUUCAGAGUCUUUGGACAGGAUCCACCGAAAACCAGCAAGAUUUGAGAUACUGCACAGGUUUAAGCCAGGGAGCAAAAAGAAUCAAAAUCGUAAAUCAAAGAUGUACAGACCGUCUGUAUGUACUGAGGUUGUUGGCAAUGAGAGUGGUAGCCAGGUUAGUGGUUACCUGAGAUGCAAACGACCAGGAAAACAUGGUUGGAAGCGCCUUUGGUUUGUGCUGAAAGACAAUGUAUUGUACACCUAUAAAGCAAGCGAGGAUGUGGUCGCACAGGAGACAAUUCCAGUACUAGGAUAUGAAGUUGAGGAAAUGAGAAAGAGUGGUGAUGAUAUAGAGUUUCAGCUAAGACAUGCUGGAUUGCAACCUAUCCAUUUUAAAGCAGAAAAUGAGGCCUCUGCUCUAAGGUGGACAGAAGGCCUUAAGAAAGCAUCAACAAUCUAAUCAAUAGUAAAGUUACAGAUUAUUUGUAAAUAAAGUACUAAAGAAAGUGAAACAAUUCCAGUAACAUAAAAAUCCGUCACCAUAAGAGUAAAUGGUUACAGUAAUUCAAAGUGAUGAUAGGAAUAUAAACUUCAUACUCUACAGAUGCUCUUAACAAUAUUGAGGGUCAGGUGUUUUUUCAGUGAAUUGAUCAAUUUAAAAAUGCAUCUGUAUUGAAACAAGAGCUGUUUAACUCUACAAGCUCAAAGAACAAAAGAUUGCCAAUAGGCUGAAAGUAUUCAGGCAAUGGUAAAUAACUUAUAACUGUGAAGUCUGCAAAAAGGCAAGCUUAGUGGUAGUGCUGAUGCAGUAUGUAGGACAAGGCAGAAUAAGAAAGUUUAGCCAAGAACCCAACAAACAUGCAAAUACAUUCUUGUGCACUGCAAUCAAAUGAUUUUUAUAUGAAUAUAGAGAUUUAUAAACAUUGGUUAUUUUAUUGUAUAUUAAAGUACAAAGAAUAAUUUGCUUUACAUUUGACACAUUUUUUUUAUAUAACGCUGUAAAAGUCGAUUUUUAAAGGUGAAAGUGAUUUUACUUUGGUCAAAAUUUAUUAUACUGAGUGUUAUUGUAAAUAGAGAAAAAAAAUACAAAGAUCAACUGUUUAGCUGGAAGUAGAGUCAUGUUAGUCUACUCAUUAAGACCAAUAAAAUUUACCCUCCUUGCAAUAA